UAAAAUCAAACGGUAAUUAAUAUUUAGGGCCAAAAACAGCUCUUGAGCUGAUUUGGGAUUUAGACAUUUGCCAAAGAUGGAUAAUAUCUAUAAACAUACAGGUAUUAUUUGCCAAAAGAAAUUUGAAAUUUUUUUAGCAAAAUCUAUCGCCAAACGGGCAGGGUCAGCAUAUGCAUUCAGCCUUUGCUAAACCGAGUAAAUUUGGGACAUGAGAGAUUAUUAAAAUGUUUCAUGAAUAUCGACACGUAGAGUUAAAUUGAACCCAUCCUUAGGGCGUAAGUUGUCGACGUUCUUCAGACUAGUACUGUUAAAAAAACGUAAGCAAGAAAAAAGAGGAAAAUGAUACCAAGACCAAAGCAACAAUCCAAUUAUCCAAAGAGGCAUAGCAAAAGCAAAGAAAAGCACCUAAAGCUCAACGUAAAAAUCAUCAAAUAUUCCUUUGAAACAUUUGAGGAAAAAAAGAAAAAUUCUCUCCAAACAUGCAUUAUUGUACCAAAAUAGUAUUAUAAAGUACUCGUACACAACUCUGAAACUACGUACUCCAACUCUCUAGCUCACUGUUUUCCCACUCUUUCUUCUAAUUUUCCUUUGUGUCAAAAAAAUCAAAAUGGGCAUCUGUUUCACUAAAGAUUUCUGGUUCAAAAGAUGGCGUUCAAUACCAAUAACUUCUCAAAAACAACCAGAAAAACUUCCAAAGCCAGUGAUCCCUUCUUUCAAUACUAUGCCAAGAACUAAUAGUAGUAAUAUUGGACCAAUUUUGGGCAAGCCUUACGUUGAAAUUACAACCCUUUAUGAUCUUGACAAAGAACUUGGGCGAGGUCAAUUUGGAAUAACAUAUCUUUGUACUGAUAAAUCCACUGGAUUAAAAUAUGCAUGUAAAUCUAUAUCCACAAAAAAACUUGUAACUCCAAAAGAUAUAGAAGAUGUUAGAAGAGAAAUUAUGAUAAUGCAGUAUUUGAGUGGACAGCCUAAUAUUGUUGAGUUCAAAGGUGCUUAUGAGGACAAGAAUAAUCUACAUUUGGUCAUGGAGUUGUGUUGUGGUGGUGAGCUUUUCGACCGAAUUACUGCAAAAGGAAAUUAUUCUGAGAAAGAAGCUGCAAAUAUUGGAAGGCAAAUUGUGAAUGUUGUUCAUGUUUGUAAUUUUAUGGGAGUGAUGCAUAGAGAUCUUAAACCUGAGAAUUUCUUGAUGGUUAGUAAGGCUGAGGAUUCUCCAUUAAAGGCCACGGAUUUUGGUCUCUCUGUUUUUAUUGAGGAAGGAAAAGUUUAUAAGGAUAUUGUUGGAAGUGCAUAUUAUGUGGCUCCUGAGGUGUUACGGUAUAACUAUGGGACGGAGAUAGACAUCUGGAGUGCUGGAGUCAUUUUAUACAUUCUCUUGAGUGGUUUUCCUCCUUUCUCAGCUGAGACUGAAGAAGGAAUAUUUGAAGAGAUACUUAAAGGUCACCUGGAUCUUGAAAGCUCUCCCUGGCCUUCUAUAUCUGCCUCAGCGAAGGAUCUUGUCAAGAAAAUGUUGACAGUGGAUCCUAAGAGAAGGAUCACUGCAGAUCAAGCCCUCGAACAUCCAUGGCUGAAGAAAGAUGGUGAGGCAUCGGACAAGCCUAUCAAUAGUGCUGUUUUGGUCAGGAUGAAGCAAUUCAGAGCAAUGAACAAGAUGAAAAAACUUGCUCUUAAGGUUAUUGCAGAGAAUUUAUCAGAAGAAGAAAUCAAGGGACUUAAGCAAAUGUUCAGCAACAUAGAUACUGAUGGAAGUGGUACAAUUACAUAUGAAGAGCUUAAAACUGGAUUAUCUAGGCUAGGAUCCAAGCUCACUGAAGCUGAAAUAAAGCAACUGAUGGAAGCAGCUGAUGUUGACAAAAGUGGGAGUAUAGAUUACAUCGAGUUCAUUACUGCUACCACGCAUCGACACAGACUUGAAAGAGAAGAAAACUUGUUCAAGGCUUUUCUGUAUUUUGACAAGGAUUGUAGUGGAUUUAUUACAAGAGAUGAGCUCAGACAUGCUAUGACCGAGUAUGGAAUGGGGGAUGAAGCUACAAUCGAUGAAAUUCUUGAUGACGUUGAUACAGAUAAAGAUGGGAAAAUUAACUAUGAUGAGUUUGUUGCUAUGAUGAAAAGAGGUACAGUUGAUGGUGAAGGAAAUCAUUGAUAGAUUAACCAUUAUGCUCUUGCCUUCAUUUCUUGCAAAUGUGGAUCAACUUGAGUGUAAAAUGGCUAGCAUUCUCUAUCAAUAAGAUCUUUCAGUAGUUGAAUUUGGGUUGUUUAAUUUGCUCAAGCUGACCUUGUUUAUAGUAACUGCAUUUGUACUAUACCAAGAAUAAGAUCCUUUUAGAAUGAAGUGCACCUUACCUCAUUCUUUGGA